UGGUCCUUGGUGACGUUUUUGCAAGGAUGUGUGUGCGCUGCCGGGCAGUCAGCGGGGAUGUGCACUGCCGGGCAGUCAGCGGGGAUGUGCACUGCCGGGCAGUCAGCGGGGAUGUUUCCACUGUAAUUUAAUAUAUAAUAGACAGGCACCACUUACUGAAUACAUUGAACUGUUGUGAUAGUGUAAUGAAACUUUAUGUUGGGGAAGUUGCUCAGUUAAUGCUUAUGCUGUGUUCCAUUUACCUUGGAGGACGGAAGUCAGAGCUGGAAAUAACGUCUCACCUGAAUUAACCGUGUUCCAGUACAAGUCAGAAAGCCAUUUAGCGAUACCAGGCACCUCUUUCAAAACAGGUAUGCCUUAAGGUUGGUAGCCUUUGGGCAGCUUCACAAAGUCCUGGGGAUGGACGCUCUUCCCUCGAAGAUACUUAGGAAACCCAAGACUGACGCCCCUGUAGACUACACAGUCCAGAUCCCCCCCAGCACACCCUAUGUCACCACAAUAAAGAGGCCUAUUGAAGAAGAGGAGGUCAUGGAUGACAAGAAUCCCAACAAGAAGAAGAAGAAGCUUCAGAAAAAAUACUCUGAAGAUAAGCUGGAGCCACCGCAGGCAAUGAACGCCCUGAUGCGACUUAACCAGCUGAAGCCAGGCCUGCAAUACAAGCUGGUGUCGCAGACGGGCCCCGUCCACGUGCCCGUCUUCACCAUGGCCGUGGAGGUCGACGGCAAGAGCUACGAGGCGUCCGGGCCCUCAAAGCGCACGGCCAAGCUGCACGUGGCAGUCAAGGUCCUGCAGGACAUGGGGCUGCCCACUGGGGUGGAGGUGAAGACCGCAGAGCCGGUGAAGACCGAGGAAGGGCCCACUGGCGCAGAGGCCGACCCCCAGGCUCCGGAGCCCGGUGCGGCCGACGUGCCGCCCUCUAGUGGCGAGGCAGGGGACGGCGGCGAGAGCUUGAAGCAGCAAGGCCCCAUCCUGACCAAGCACGGCAAGAACCCGGUGAUGGAGCUGAACGAGAAGCAGCGCGGCCUGAAGUACGAGCUCGUCUCGGAGAGUGGCGGCAGCCACGACAAGCGCUUCGUCAUGGAGGUGGAGAUCAACGGACAGAAGUUCCAGGGUACCGGCUCCAACAAGAAGGUGGCCAAGGCCUACGCCGCCCUGGCUGCCCUGGAGCGACUUUUCCCCGAUGCCCCCGACGCCAUGAAGAAGAAGAAACUACCUCCAAUGGUAACUGGCCGGGUCUUUAACCUCAUGGCGAUGCUAAUAUCUGCAUAGCUUCUGUGGUGAUGCUGGGCUUUCUGGGCCAGCUCUGA